GACAAACAAAACAAAAAGCAAGGGUUUACAUCGCGUAAAGGCAAUUGAGAGCAUGAUGUACUCUCCACCCAAACAUGUCAGAGACAGCUGUGAGACCAAGCAGGAUGUAGACUCUCCGUUACCUCCUAUCUCUGAGCGCUUGGCAUAUCUGCGUCCAUCUCGUGAACUUCUGGAAUUUUACAGACAGAAAUUGGCGCAGUUUAAUGGAGAACAUGAUGACCUAGUGCAGCUUCUUGAGAAGUACAAGAGCACUAGCGAGGACCAGCACAAGCUGCAGUGGGAAGUGCGUCAGCGUGAAGAGGAGAUAGCAGAGCUGCAGAAGGCUUUAAGUGACAUGCAGGUUUACCUCUUCCAGGAACGAGAGCAAGCCCUCAGGCUCUAUGCUGAGAAUGACCGUCUCAAGAUCAGGGAGCUUGAAGACAGGAAAAAGAUUCAACACCUUUUAGCCCUGGUCGGUCCAGAUACAGGAGAGAUUACAUAUUUUCACAGAGAGCCUCCACACAAGGUCACUAUUCCUCAAAAGAAACUCUCACCCAGAGCCCAGGAGUUUGGAAAAGUAGCGAAACCAAGGCCUGGAUCAUCUAAAGAGGGGAGCAAGAAUUUGUCCAAAAAUGGAAAUGACACUAACUCUCAGCAGUACAAGAAAGAUAACCAGACAUUGUUACUACAGGUGGAGGCGCUACAGGCACAGCUGGAAGAGCAGACUCGACUGGCUAAAGAGCAAAUAGAGUCUCUGCUGGAGGACAGGCGAAUUCAUAUGGAGGAGGGCCAGGUUCAGCAUCAGCGAGACCAGGAGAGAAUCACUGCCCUUACAGAGAAACUCCAGCGCACACAGAACCUGCUGUAUGAGAGCACCAGGGACUUCCUGCAGCUGAAGUUUGAAAGUCGCACCCACGAAAAGAGCUGGAUGGUGGAGAAGGACAGACUUCUGAGAGAUCUGGACUCAUGUCAGGAGAGACUCAGGGAGCCACACAGCUUCCCAGAGCGACCAGGAGCCUCAACAGCCCCACUGAUCCUCACACAGCCCACUCCAGACAGCAGUCAGACUCAUCGGGAACAGAUCAGGGCUCUUCAAGAGGAGUUAAAGCAGGCUCAUAAGCUGGCAGACAUGUACAGAGAGCAGUGUGUAGGACUGGAGACAGACCUGGCACAGAUCAGAGAGGAGGGUGACGUUGGCAGAGAGAUCUUUAAAGAACGCUCAGACAAGAUAGCCAAUCGUCUUCAAUUAAUGACUCAGCGAUAUGAGGCUCUGGAAAAGAGACGAGCCAUGGAGGUGGAGGGCUUCAAGACUGACAUCAAACAUUUGCGACAGAAACUCAAAGAUGUUGAGAAGCAGCUGUUUAAGGUGACACUUAAUGUGGGGCCAGAUCAGGACUUGGCCAUCCUGCAUGAAGUCCGACAGUCUAACGCUCGCACCAAGAAAAUCCAGGGGGAGUUAAAAACCCUAAAAGCAAAGAUAUACGGACUAGAGAACGAACUGAGAUUCAGCUAGUUUUGUCUUAAUAGAACUUUUGUUCUUUUUUCAUUAUUGACCAUGCAAAUCAGAAUGAGAUCAAAGCUC